AUGGAGGCUGCCGGGGGCGCCGCUGCGGCUCCUGGGUGGGUGCCCUGGCCGCCUUCGGGGGCUUCUGCUUACUUGGAGGGUGGGUGGGUUGGAGGGAAAGAGGUUUAUUGUCCUCGGGAGACCUCUGGCGGAAGCCCAGGCGCGUCACAAUCCCCCCGCGUGGCUGCAGGUGUGCACGCGUGGGGAAAGUUGCGUGUGAACGGUGGAGCUGGGCUGCGUGUGCGAAGACAUAAACGGCCCGUGGUGGGUGGGUGCAUAUAGAUGGGUGAAAACUGGUGGAAUUUGUGAGGGUUUCUUCUUCUCUCCUACCUUGGUGUGUUUUUAUUGUUUUGCUUUUAAUUGUAAGCAUUUAAAAAUGACGCAAGUUAUUGCUUUUAGCUUUCGUUAACCACUUUAGGAAAACCAAACAUGAGCUUACUGUUGGGAGUGAAUACCACAUAAAAACGUAAUGUGGAUGGACAGGAGCAAAGGGUAUAUAUGUCCCCAAAAUCACCAUUUUAUAGUCCAAAUCUGGAAAAAUAAAUACAGUAAAUUGACAAAAGUACAAAGAUUCACAAAAUGUUUAGGGGUGUGCGUACCCCUGCAUCCCCCCAGAAAAAAACACUGUGUGUACCAUUUGGCCAUAUCUGCGUCUACAGAAUUCUAGAGUUGGAAGUAACCACAAGGAUCAUCUAGAUUCUAGUCUAAUCCCCUGCAAUGCAGGAAGCAACAGUGGCUGGGGAAACCCAGACUGAUGGGCGAGGUAUAAAUAAUAAUAGUAAUAAUAAUAAUAAUGAAUAAUUAAUGUGGGGCUCAAACCCACAACCCUGAGAUUAAGAGCCUCAUGCCCUACCAACUGAUCGAGUAUUUAAAGCUAGCAGCUUGGUGGGUGCCAUAAAGUACAUUGAUUUAUGAUGGUUGCUUCCCACAGUGCAUAAAAUGUGUCCUCAGUGUUUGUUUAGAGUCAGAAUCAGGAGCAUACUAAUGUUGCCUAUGGCAGAUGAAGAAUGCACCUGUGCAAGGGGUACUGCAAAGUUUUAUGCAGAACUACCCCUGAGGCUUGAAGUGUGAUGCUUAGUGUACUGUAAACUUUUAAAAAAUCUUGUGACAGGUAAAACCAAAAUCACUGGAGUGUGGUGUGCCAUAUACAAGCACAUUGAUUUAUCUGUCUAUCGUAAUUAACAGGUUUCUCUGGCAGCCCCGGCCAAUCUCUUUAGGGGAACAUAUUGUAGAUAGAUGGGGUGGGGGGCGGAGAAUGUUUGUGUUUGUUUCUCUGUAUGGGAAAUACUUGACAUAUUUUACGUGAUUUAAGUGCCAUGAAAUAGUGAAGGUGGUAUCGGUAUGGGGAAUUUUCUUCUGUGGGGUGAACUCUCUUAUGUACCACUUGAGUUUGAUGGGUGGCAAAGGGCAGACUUGAUCUUUCUAUAGAGUCAGGCAUCUAGAUAUAGUCACCAGAUUCUGCAUUAAGAUUCUGCUGGCUCUUUUCAUUUGGUUGCUGUGGUAUGGCUGUUUGUAUUAAACAUUCCUGUAGAUAGGUAAAGGUAAAGGGACCCCUGACCAUUAGGUCCAUUCGUGACUGACUCUGGGGUUGCGGCGCUCAUCUCGCUUUAUUGGCCGGGGGAGCCAGCGUACAGCUUCUGGGUCAUGUGGCCAGCAUGACGAAGCUGUUUCUAGAGAACCAGAGCAGUGCACAGAAAUGCCAUUUACCUUCCUGCCGGAGCGGUACCUAUUUAUCUAUUUGCACUUUGACGUGCUUUCAAGCUGCUAGGUUGGCAGGAGCAGGGCAAUGGGAGCUCACCCCAUCGUGGAGAUUUGAACCGCUAACCUUCUGAUCGGCAAGUCCUAGGCUCUGUGGUUUAACCCACAGUGCCACCCGCGUAUUUCGUUAAAUUACUAGGAAGCACACUUUCUUAAAAUUAUCUUAAGAUUAUUUCUUUUUAAAAUUGUUGUAAGCCUCAGACAGACUAAAAACCUUUCAGAGGUGCAAUAUUGACCCUGCGUUCAUCAUCUGAAGCCCUCCUUUGUGUGCCUCCUUCAUCAUCAAGAGGUGUGGAGGAUGGCAACAUGAGAGCGGGCCUUUUUUGCGGUGGCUCCCUGUUUGUGGAAUGCUCUCUGCAGGGAGGCUCAACUGGUACCACCUUUACAUAUCUUUAGGCUCUGGGCGAAAACGUAUCUCUUUCACCAAGUCUUUGGUUGAUUAAUGUUCUGUGUCCUCAGUUUGGUAAUUUAACAUUAGCGACUCUUUCUAAUAAUGAUUUCAGAGUGAAACAAAAAAAAAAGAGAAGACGUGGCAUGUCAAGGGAUGUUGAACUGGAAGAUGAAACUGAGCAUGAGCCAGAAUCUGCACUUGAUUAUGAUGGUGAUGAAGAAGAGGAAGAAGAGGAAGAAGAAGAGGCUGAAGAUUAUGAGGAAGAAAGCGAACAGCAAUAUUUAUUAUAUUGUGAAGAAGACAUGAACAACAACAAGAUUGAAACUAAAGUUGGUGUACAAGAGUGGCCUGAUGGUUCUCACUAUAGAGGAGAAUUUGCAUUGGAUCUAAAACUUGGGUAUGGAGAAUUUGCGUGGGACAAUGGUGAGGUAAACCGGCUUAAUAUUAAAAUGUUGCAAUGUGUGUUCUUGCAUCUAAAAACGUUGCUAUUCUUAUAUAUAAUGAUAAUAAACAAAACUAGCCAAGGUAAGUUUUUAUAUCGGAAUCCUAUCUGUUUAAUGUUUGUUUAAUAGCAUGAUCUAGGCAUGUUUACGUAAAUCCCAUUAGUUUAUGCAAACCUUAUUCUGUUUAUCUGGAUGUAAGCCUCAUUGGAAUCAAUAGGAUUUAUUUCUAAAUAGACAAGGUUAGGAUUGCAGCCUAAAACAUGCAUGCACCUUGAAAGGCAGUGUGACUUCUUUUCCAUAGGAAAUAACAACUUUAAUAAAAUAUUAAUUUCUUGUUUAUUACUAAAACUUGAUAUUAGGUGCAACUGCAGCCUAUAGUCUAACAUUUUAACUAUUGGAAGCAGGUUUAGUCAUGUUAGUUUCAAGUCUAAACGGUAAAUGUUCAAUAAAUAAGAUACAUAGUUCAACCAGCAUCUAAUGCCAAGCUAUGCACAGUUUGAAGAUGGUUAUAAUUUCUUCUCAGUCUCCUCUUUUCCAGGCUAAACAUACCCAGUUCCCUCUACUGUUCCUCAUAAGGCUUGGUUUCCAGACCCUUUCUAAUGUAUUUAGAUGCAGUUAUCAUUUUUGUGAGUAAUUCAUGUUUGUUUAAUUAAAAUACUGUAUGUACUAUCGCAAGGCAGCACAGAAAGCACAAGGGGAAGAUAGUUAUUUUUUAAAAUACAAGUCAUUCUCCUGGCUUCCAGAUGACCUAGCUGCUACAGUGGUUUGUUCUUGCUGCUACUUGCAACUACAAGGGUAUAGAUAUGGAAUACAGUAGGUCCACAGCUUACACGGGGGUUACGUUCCAGGGAUCAUGCCUACAGCCAAAAUUGUGUAUAGUCAAAACCCACUGGGAUCAGUGGCAGAUGCAAUUUCCAAAGUCAUGUUUCCUGGAACCCUACCUCCUUUUUGCCCCCUUCGUAUUUAUUUAUUUAUUUUGCCGUACGCGUAAAGCUGAAUGCGCACAAGUUAAAUGUGUGCAAGUUGCGGUCUUCCUAUAGUCACAAAUGUGUAGAUUACUAAAUAGUUCAGGUCUGCUGCUUUCAAAUAAAAUGUCAUGUGUUCUGUUUAUUCCUUUUGUCAAGUAGAUCACUCUGACUUCCUUGUUUACACUCAGUAAUGCUUGCUAGGGCAAAAUUUAAUAAGUAUAUCUCUGUCAUAGUUGAGUGUAUACUCUUACCCAGUUUUUCUGAUUUGAAAUGAAAGUAAUUCACCCUAAUAAAUCUGAUAUUAAUGAAAUUUUCCAAGACUGUAAAUCCUGGAUUGAACAGGGAUACUAAGUUUGUUUGAACUUUUAUCCUCCAUAUAUUCCAUUUUUAUUAAAUGUUGUAAUUCUCAAUAUGUUUCUGUGCAGUCAUUUCCUCAGGAUGAAGCCAAGUGGAAUAAGCCUCCCUGACUUGGAAAUGAAUGCUACCAUGCUUAAACUGUAUUGAAAAUACUAGUUAAAUCCUUCUUUUAUUUCUUUCCAUAAUAUUCUUCAUGAGAGUUCUGUGAUACAUACUUGCAGUUGGUUGUAACUGCCACUGUACUUCACCUGCUCUCCCCUAACUUUCUUUCUGUUUUAUUGCAGAGAUAUGUGGGGCAGUUUUAUAAAGAUCACCGUCAUGGCAAAGGGGUUUACUUCUGGCCUGAUGGCUCCAAAUUUAUAGGGUCAUUUUAUCUUAGCCGUAAAGAAGGCUAUGGUAUCAUGGAAUUUAAUGAUGGAAGAAAAUUUCAGGUAAUAAAAAGUAUUUCUAAUUAUCAUAGUGCUGUUUGAUAGGUAUGAUGUGAAGUUCAAGUAAUUGCAGAAAACUUCUGUGUUUGAAUGCUUCAGAGUUAGUACAAAUUUGCUCAUUUUAAAAUUAGAAAAUGAAUGCACUUCAAAGCUAGUUAGUGUCCUGUGCGCAACAAAAAAAGCAACAUAGGACAUAUUGCUUCUAUCUGUUUGCACAGAAUUUAGAAAAUGUGUAAGGAAGUGAUAGAUACCAGGUAAUAGCAGCUGGAUAAGGUGUGGAUUUUGCAAACUUUUGUGUAUAAAAGCAAACUAAAAUGGAAAAGUAUAUUUCAAAAAGCGCUCUGAAGCAGUUUACUAAGGAGAUUCCCCCCCGUGCAUACUUAAGGGGUCUAUGCCAGAUGUACCUAGUAAGAGGAGCGGAUGUAGAAUUUCAGCUCUUGGAAUUCACUAAAAAAUCUGGUGCUUGAAUUCUGAUUAAAGUGUGUGUUUAUAACUGUUUCUAUACUCUUAUUGAGCAUUGUUAAAUAUAAUAUAUAUAAUCCCUUGAAGAUUUUUUUUAGUAUAAAGCAAUAUAUGUCUAAUAAAUCAAAUUACACAAGAUUGCAUGAAACCUGUUGGCAAAGGGCAGUAUACAAAUUUAAUAAGCAACAAUAAUGAUCAUGUAAAAUCAGAUACAGUCUUAAUUUCUGCAUCUUUUUCAUGGAUCCUACCUUUUUUGUUUCAAGCAUUGCUUUUCAGAAAAAUUCAGUGCUAAUAAUAAAAUUAAUCCAAAUCCUGCUGGUAAAGAAUGGGUAAGAAUGUUUUUAGGCACUUGACAGGAUCAUGCCGCUAAUUGUUUUUGGUGAGAUGAGAUUAUUGCAAGUUGAAUUAAACUGUGUGAAUUCUGUUUGUGGUUCUCUCUUGCAUCUUCUGUUCUCGUUUUUUCCUGCCGAAAGGGGCUUUACAAGGGGGAUGAGCGGUUUGGACCAGGAAUUGAAACCCAUCCAGAUGAUAGUCAAGACAUUGGAUUGUGGCAUCGAAAUCAUAUAAUUAAACUAUGUACGGAAAUACCUGGAUAUUUCACUCUUGCGGAUUUCCCAGAACUUAGUGUCUAUUUUGAUGCUGAGACCAGCAGAGAGUAUAUUUCAGAGGAUACGCAUAAGUUUUGGGAUCUGAAUGAGGAGAAGGACCCAUUUUUCUACCACUACAAGCGUCUUCUUUUAGAUGAUGAUAGCUACACAUUGCCUGAAAACCUGUACAUAUACUCAAUUGAUGCGGAUAAUCUUCCUCACACUAAGACCUUCCUGAAAGACUUUGAUUGCCAGUAUUUUAAGGAAAAGAAACGGUUGGCUUAUGAAAAACUAUGGCCUAUAACCAAUAUAACACCUUUCUUGGUCAAGAUGCAGAAACACAUCUAUAGAUAUAGGUAAGUGGUAAUGUGAGAAAAAGACGAGGUGAUAGCUAUACAUUUGAUAGUGCUGCUGAAGUCCCAUUUUUUACUGCUGUUUCUUCUUUUCAACCGGAUGCAGUUCAGCUUGUGUGACUUUUUAAAAUUUAUACCACUUUUGCUGUAGUCAUGUCAAUUGUUGCUGAAUUGCAAUGAAGCCCCAACACAUGCCAAAAGGUCCAUGAACAUUCAUUGUUGCAUUCAUUUCCUUUCCCUUGUUAUUACUGGUGGCACUGCUUGUUGGGCACUACUAGUUUUCUUAGUAGUGUGGGAGUUGGUUGGGGUGGCCUUGAGCCAAUCUUGUCUCCCCUUUAUCAAACCUUUCUCUUCCAUCCCCCAAUAGUCCUUUCACCAUUUCCUGGGGGGGGGGAUUGAAAGGAGGGAGAUGGAAAGAGAAAUAUGCAAGUUGGAAAUUGUUGGAAUAAUAAUAAUAACAACAAUAAAUUUUAUUAUUUAUACCCUGCCCAUCUGGCUGGCUUUCCCCAGCCACUCUGGGUGGCUUACAGUACAUAUAAAAAAAUUGUAAAACAUCAGACAUUAAACAUUUCCUGAUACAGGGCUGCCUUCAGAUGUCUUCUAAAAGUCAGAUAGUUGUUUAUUUCCUUGACAUCUGAUGGGAGGGUCUUCCACUGGGCAGGUGCCACUACCGAGAAGGCCCUCUGCAUGGAAUUCAUGGUCUUUGUGUGGUGUGACCCUGUCUCUGUUUAUCAAACUGCCCAAGGAGCUGUUGCAAGAAGGGAGGAGCAGAAGCCUAGCUACUGCAGGGAGGGUUAGCCUGUGCCGGGGACAUGCCACUUCAGACUAAACAUGGAUGCUUACAUGACUGAUUGCUUUUCAUAUAAGACCAAAAAAAAACAAAAAACCUCCACAUAGUUUUCUAUCAUAUUGGGGAGAAGGCUAAAUUGAAAACCCUCCUACUUGUCUAAUAAUAGUCACAACAACAACCUAGUUUUGUAUACAGAGGGAAUAUUUUUGUAUGGAAGAGCAUUCGGUCCUACAAUAACUCACCACACAUGCACAUAUAUGGGCAGUCUGAGGUAGUACAGCCAAGAUACAGGUUUAUCGCCUCAGUGAGAAGCUAGGCCAGUGAUAUGUACACACAGGUGAGGAAAGGGAAAACUGUCCAUCCCAUCACUCCAAAUAGUUUUUUGGAAGGUCAGAACUGAUGAGAAUAGAAAUACUUAAAUGGUCUAUCUAGCUUUUUCAUUUUUUUUGUUCAUUUUUAGGCAUUACCAGAAGGACGUGGACUGGGAUGUUAAUUUCAUUUUGGAAGGCUACCGGAAUGGCUUUGGAGAGAAAGGUCCCAAAGAGCUUGCUGGUGAAGAGCUGAUUAAGAAGGCAGCCGAAGGAAACUAUAAUAGAGUUGAUGAGAUUCUGAUGGACAACCUGGCCCCCCCAGAUAUAGCAGAUGUACAUGGAUAUACUGCCCUUGCUGCUGCUGCUGUGAGACUGCAUAUCUUACUAUGUUAUAUUCUGUUAAGGCAAAAUAGGCUUGGUUUUGUUUUGUCUUCCAUGCUGUGACAUAAUUCCUCUUUUUUAAUGUACCGUAAUAGCUAUGAGUAGCAGUUGUGAACAUGAACAGAAAGUUAAGGGAAAAUCCCCAAUUGAGGAAUAUGAAACCUUACCUGUAGUAUAUAUCUACCUCCAACAAACCCACAAUGUCAAACUCCAUUUUUUCAAAGUAAAAAUAAGUAGGCUUCUGAAAAUUGUAUUAAUUCUGUAUGAAAAUAACCUAAAUAGUUUUCUUGUGCAGAUGAAUUACCAUGAUGACAUCAUCAACCUUCUUCUUGAUAAUGGGGCUGAUGUGAAUAAAUGUAGUGAUGAAGGAUUAUCAGCUCUUUCUAUGUGUGUUAUUCAUUAUUUCCCAGAAGAAUCAUUUCAGCCCAACAUUGCUGAAAGGAACUUCUCUCGAAGAGAGGUCAGUCCAUCAUAAAUCUGUAAGUCUGAAAUACGGUUCAGUGAAAUGCCUAAUAGUUUCUUCUUCUUUUACUGUUGAUCCAAAUUACCGUAUUUUUCGCUCUAUAACACGCACCCGACCAUAACACGCACAUAGUUUUUAGAGGAGGAAAACAAGAAAAAAAAUAUUCUAAACGAAACAAUGGAUGUAUGAUUUUUGUGGUUCAUGCUGUGGCCACAGACAUGUGAUCUGACAGUGAGUUUGGAGUAGCCCAAUGCAAAAAUCCUGAGGAUCCAUGUGGAUCCGUGCUUUGUAACCACGUUUUAAGUGGGGAGGGAAGGAAAAGCACUCAAGGGACAAGAAGCACACGUGGGGUGUGUGGAGAAGGAUGCUGCUAAUAAUGCAGAAGAGGGGUUUAAGGGGAGAAGGAACACGCGUGGGGUGGGUGGAGAAGGAUGCUGCUAAUAAUGCAGGAGAGGGGUACAAGAGGAGAAGGCUCCUCUCCUCUCCCACUUUGCUCCUUUAAAGCAAGCAGGCUCUGCUUUUCUCCCUCCUCCCCGCUCAUCCCCGGCUUAGCGAGCUGAAAAACUUUGCUGCUAUGUAGCGAGCUGAGUGGGGAGGAGAGAGGGACAGAGAGCCUGCUUGCUUUAAAGGAGCCAACCGGACAGGAGCCGCUUACACUCGUGUAAGCGGCUCCUCUCCUCUCCCGCUUUGCUCCUUUAAAGAAGCAGGCUCUCUGUCCCUCUCUCCUCCCCACUCAGUGGCUCUUCUCCCGCUUUGCUGUUUCAAAGCGAUCCACGGAGGAGGGAAGGAAGGGGAACCAUGGAUCCUCUGCUCACGACUGCAGCAGAUCCCCCCCGCCACCCAUAGGCAUUCGCUCCAUAACACGCACAGACAUUUCCCCUUACUUUCUAGGAGGAAAAAAGUGAGUGUUAUGGUGCAAAAAAUACGGUAAUUUCAUUUAUUAGAAAUAACUACUCUCUCAAAGCUGCAAGGCAGAGCAGCCUGAAGCCUUCUUUGCAUUGCAGUCCAGAGAUGAUGAGGUGGAGUGAAAUGAAUUGCUCCAGAGUUGUGAUCUUAAAGAAGAUGUUGGGUCAUGAUGUGAUAACUAUGCCUUGUAUGGCAUUGUGCUUCUAGAGUAGUCUAUUGUAAUGUGUACUAUGUAGGGUUGCUCAUGAAGAGGAUUCAAGUACAACCAAUACACAUUUUGAAGUCCUGACAUUUAUUAACAAUGAUAAAAAGAAGGUUUGAAAUCUCUCUUAUUGGACAUUUUGCCCCUCCUGUAUGUUGUGUGUAUAGGAGCAAACUCAUUUGUAUCUGUUAAAGAGUUGAAUAGCAGUCCUUGCCACUUAUGACAACUGGAUAUAUUUGUCCCUUACAAGUAGCCAUUCAUAAUGAAGUGAGUCUAAACUCUAAAACAUAGUCCAAAGGCAUGUAAUGCAGCAGACUUGCUGAAGUUAGACAGUUCUGAGUAGAGCUGGAACAUUUCUAUACUACUUUGAGUUUCAUGGAAGAAAGUUGGUGUUAUGUACUGAAGUUCUCACCCUGGGCCAGCAGGGGGAUGCUGUAGAUAGUUAUGCAAAUGAAGGAUCAAAAGUGACGUUCAGUGAUUGGAUAGUUUGUAUGCAAAUGAAGGAUCGAAGGUGACGUUCAGUGAUUGGAUAGUUUGUAUGCAAAUGAAGGAUCGAAAGUGACGUUCAGUGAUUGGAUAGUUUUAGAAAAUGGCAACAGUUACAUUGUCUGGAGCUCUAUAUAAGCAGGCUGACUGAGCUCCUCAGUUCUGUUCCAGCUUACAAAUAAAGAGCUGCUUUGGAAGAAUCGCUGUGUUGUCUGAUAUGUUCGCCCACAACUUAACCGUUGGUGUAUAAAUGAAACAAAUAAGAGAUAUGUUGUGUAUUUGACAAAUUCUUUCUGUAAAAUUCUUUAGAAGAGUAACAUACGUCAACUUUUUCGCUAUUUUCUUUGACAACCUAAUGGUAUGAAUUUGUCUGUCUGCGUAUGUUAACAAUGCAGUUUUUUAUGUUGGGGUGCAGCAAACUGGUUUUGGAAAUAAUUUCCCCCAUCCCCCCACUUUUUUGUUUUUGUUUUUUGUUUGCUUGAUAUAGGCGAUGGAAGAAAUGCCAGAAGAAAUAUCUCCAGGAUCUAUGCCAUUUUCGCAGUCGGAGUCCUCUCAACCAUCUCAGCCGAGUACAGAAUUGAAAGGAUCCUCUUCUGCCAGCCCUGCAUCACCAGAAGCACCGUUGAGCUCUGCUGAAAAGUCAGAACGUGGCACAUAUGCUAAGUCAUCUGAGGAAUCGGAGAGCAGUGCUGUAGAAAAGAGCUCUGAGACAAAUUGUGGCAUUUACAACUUCAAGAUUCAGGUUUCAGUAGAAGCCAUGCAACGCGGUGCAGCUGCUCUUAGUGAACACAUGCUAAAAGUGCCAUACUUCGCUGACUGCGAAGGGCUCGUUCAGCAGGAAGGCACUCUGGGAAGAAUGGCAGCAUCAAUAACAGAGUAAGUGACUAUAGAAGAACUCAGGGCAGCCUGCUGAAGCCAAUGACCACACUAAUAUUGCUGCUAGGGUGGUCCCAGUUGGGCUCUGCUCAGUAUGGAUAGCUUCUGUGUAUAACUUCCCUGAUUUUGCAGUGAAGAGUUUAUCAGAAGGAAGGUUAGAAGGCAUCAUAUGGUACCUCUGAAAAAUGAUCUGAAAUGGUGCAGUUUGCUUGCUGCAUUGGUAUUGAGUGACGGUAUACCGUGGUACCAUGGUUUAUGAACUUAAUCCAUUCCGGAAGUCCGUUCUUAAACCAAAGCGUUCGUAAACCAAGGCACGCUUUUCCAUAGAAAGUAAUCCAAAUUGGAUUAAUCCGUUCUAGACAUUUAAAAACAACCCCUAAAGCAGCAAUUUAACAUGAAUUUUACUAUCUAAUGAGACCAUUGAUCCAUAAAAUGAAAGCAAUAAACCAGGCUGCAAUCUGUUACCCAGUAUAAAGUGGGCCACAGGAAAGCAGAAAACACAAAGCAAAGCACAACAAAGGCCAGGCUGGGAUUCCAAAAGGUUUUCCCCUCGUGCUCCUUGCAGUUUCUUGGCUGGGAGGGGAAACGGGUGAAGGUGGCGGUGGCGAGAUAAUCAAAUCGGGAGGGUUUUUGCAGGCAAGGCAUGCAUCUCCCGGCGGCUUCAGCAUGCCUUAUGCAAACACCCUCCCUCCAAAAAACCACCACCACCAAACCCCCAACACCUUAAAACUCUACCCGGGAAAGCAAUGGCUAAGCAGUGGGCGAAAGUAGAAACUGGGACUUCUGCAUGCACAAAGCCCACCCUGGGGGAGGCAGCCCCGAUUCGGAGCGGCUCUGGAUUGCGUUCCUAUAAAUCAGGACUGGGGUGGGUGGGUAAGGAGGAAAGCAGGGAGAGGGGAUUCCGGCAGAAAGGACAGACCCCAGCAGAAAGGACAGACCCACCGACUGCAAUCCGCUUGCUACCUGCGCCACGAGUGGCACCAGCGUCUGCUCCAUGGAGCGUGAGCAGAUCUGCAGCGGAUUUGCAUGGUAAGAGAAGGCCAGAGAUGAUGCAAGGCUGGGAUAGAUUACAGCAAUGAUAUAUUUGUAGCUGUUUGCAUCACUUGCAGAACAGCUACAGUUCUACCACCCUCACCUUCAGGUUUAGCAACACUGCACUUAUCAAAGUUUUCAACAAUUAAUGGGGUUCUGUUUUCUGCUGGUUUUUAGACACGCAAAGAGACUGGCUACUAUCAAGCUGUUGCUCAGGAGAGGUGCAGAUCCCAAUAUGUGCAGAAUCCCUAUGUAUGUCCUCUUCUUUGCUGUUAAAGCUGCAGAUCCAGAUGCAGUGAGAUUUCUUUUAGAAGCUGGAGCAAGGACUGAUAUACGACUUCCGACCAGAGUAGGGAAACCUUAUUUGUGUGUGAUAAUUCUCAUUAAAGCAGAGAGACUAGAAUUUAAGUUAGUGAUUGGACUGAUGGCAUAAAUCAGGCACAGGCAAACUCUGGCCCUCCAGAUAUUUGGGACUACAAUUCCCAUCAUCCCUGACCACUGGUCCUGUUAGCUAGGGAGGGCCAGAGUUUGCCUAUGCCUGGCAUAAAUGCUCUUGUAUGAGUUUUGGUGUCUUAUGCAAGUGGGGACGCGGGUGGCGCUGUGGGUAAAACCUCAGUGCCUAGGACUUGCCGAUCGUAUGGUCGGCGGUUUGAAUCCCUGCGGCGGGGUGAGCUCCCGUCUUUUGGUCCCAGCUCCUGCCCACCUAGCAGUUCGAAAGCACCCCUAAGUGCAAGUAGAUAAAUAGGUACCGCUUUAUAGCGGGAAGGUAAAUGGCGUUUCCGUGCGCUGCGCUGGUGCUGGCUCGCCAGAGCAGCUUCGUCACGCUGGCCACGUGGCCCGGAAGUGUCCCUGGACAGCGCUGGCCCCCGGUCUCUUAAGUGAGAUGGGCGCACAACCCUAGAGUCGGACAUGACUGGCCUGUACGGGCAGGGGUACCUUUACCUUUACCUUUAUGCAAGUGUACAGAACUCGGGACCCACCGCAUCAAAAAUAGCUCAUAUGCCAGAUAUAAAUGUCAAAUCUCUGUUUCUCCAGUUGCAGGAGGCAUGCCUUCUCUUUUGCGUUGUCAGCUGCAGCACACUAUCCUGUUACUCUGAUUCAUGUGAUAAAUCUAUUGAGCUGAAAUCCUACAAGUACAGUGGGGAUUACUUCAGAGUAAACCUGUAUAGUAGGCCUGUGUUGUGAGUCUGUUAUUCUUAAUGAGUGAAAGCGAAUGCUAAUCUUAACAUUGCAGAGUGGGUUUUUUAAAUCCUUUUGAGUUAUCUGCUAACAGAAGAGGUGGGGAGGCGUUCACACACACCACGAUUAACCCUGUAGCCCCCUGCAUCAUCUUCCAGGCUGUUCUGUAUUGAUCCACAACCCUCUGGAACAAAUUUUCAGGGGUUCAUAGGAUUGCAGCAGGAAGCGGGGAAAUUGGAGAAGAUUACCUCCUCUCAUCUUACUUAGCAAAUGCCUCCACUGGAUCAGAAGAUGUUCUUCAGCUUUUCUGCGAGUGGGAGGGCAGCAUUGGGUUCCACCCUCUAGUUUUAUCAGUGUAGAAGAAAAGUAUUUUUUGCUGAUUGUAACUAGUUUGCAACGAUUCUCUCCUAUCUCUAGACAUUAGAAUAGAGAGAUUUUAGAGGAAUUUAAUGAAUGUCGGUAAUAAUGGAAACUUAAUUGGAAUUUGGGGGUGUCUUGUAUAUGAGUUGAGUUGGACCAAGUCCUCUAUCCUCAGUUGAUCUUGGUGCUAGGAUGAUGCACCAUGUGCUGGGCAUGUGCUAAAUCUCUUGUUUUUUCAGAACUUCAGCAAGGAACUUCCCUCCAAAAAGGGCCCAGCUAGAGGAGUGGAUUUGCUGCUUUGAUAUGGACUCUAAGGGACAGAGAUAUUUCCUUAUGAACCCAUUUUGCCUAGACUGGUUUUAAAUUUCAUACAGCCUAACCAUUCCAUCCAGUGGAGGGUGAUUGUAUUUCUGAUUGCAGUUAGCAGUUAUUUCUGACUGCAUUUUGCUUCUUGAUAUGCACUCCUCAGAUAUUUAUGCUACCUGGGAAUUAGGUGUCUUCAAUUUGAGCUGAAAUUUUAACAGUGACAUUGAAUGCUGGAAUGGCUCACUGUCAUAAUAUGCUAGGAAUGCACAGUAGUGAGAUGUUCUGUAACUUAUGAUUUAAUAUUAAAUAUAGCAUAUUUUUUUUAGCUUGGAGGCACAGCUCCUCUUCAUAUUGCUGCUGCUCUUCCUGGUGAAGAAGGGGUUGAAAUAACAAGCUCACUACUUCAUUCAGCUACAGAUCCUAACGUAAGGGCAGAGGAUGAGAAUGAUAUAUAUGGGCCUGAUAGGACUUCAUACAAGGUAUGUCCGUUUAAUUCCAACCUUGUUACUUGUGCUGGAGAGGAGCAAGGAAUUGACUUGUUUUUGGCAAAAGUGUUGUGGAAAAUAAUAGCAUUGUAUCCUAAGAACUGUGCUAUUUAUCCUGAAACAGUACUUUUAGAAAAAAAAAUUGUAGCAAAUGCGGUCACAGCAACAUAUAUUCAGGGAGCAGGGGCAGUUCCAAAUAUACUGUAUAGAGAGUGCCUUGAGUCUGACUGGCUCUACUUUUCUCUUCCUGAACUUCUUAGGCAACCUACUAACAUCUGCAGCUAAAAGGACCCCAGGCAGCUGGGCUGGGAAAAAUCUCAGCCCAAGACCUUCUAGGUCCACUGGUGGCAUUGGGUUAGAUCAGUGGUUCCCAAACUUUUUUUGGCCAUGCCCCACCUAAGCAUCUAAACUCCUGAUUGCCCCCCACAUGACAUAUAAUUCUUAUUACUCAAAAAGUGAACUCCUAUUCAUGUGGAGGAAGCCUAAAAGGCCUAUUAAUAACUCAUUCUCGAAUUGCCCCCCUUAAAAAUCAAAAUUUCCCCCAUGUGGGGCUAUAUGAACCAGUGGUCUGACUCAGUAAAAGGCCUAUGUUAAUAAGCACUGUACAGCUCAUAACUGGAGAGUAUGUAGAAAUUCCUUUUAACUGUGUUUUCAGAAUAAUUAAGAAGUGCAGAUUUCUGAGCGAAGCGGUGAACUUUUCGUAACAGGUUAUGAACUCCCACUGGGCAUAGUUUAGGGAGGAUAGUUCCUGUUUCACUCCGGGGAGCAGACUGUGUGUCUCUUUAAGGUGCCUGCAGCCUUCUACGCUGGUGAUUUUCUUUCCCAUUUCUACUUGCAGAACGAGCUUACUGAAAAUAUAUCUAUGAUUAAGAUGAAUAAUGAAAUGGGACCACCCAAAAACUACUACAAAGAAUGUGCCAUUAUCCCAGAGGAAGGUGGGAGGACUCCUCUUCAUAUUGCAUGUGAGAGGGAAGAUGAUUAUGAGGUAAGUGAUAGCUGUGGGAAUCUUUCUUCUUCAACCUGAAAGCUCUUCUUCACUAACUUGUGUAGUCUUCAGGUGUUACAUUAGUAAAGAAUUUAUGUUUUAAAAGAAGGAAUCACAUAUUUCCAGCUUCCUCAAACAUAUGGAAAUGAAGGGUCUGAUAAUAAAGCCUGAAGUCCAGUAGCUCAUGCACCCAUCCUGCUGUAUUAAAACUAAUCCUUAGUAUGUAUAUAUGGACAGAGAUCUGCAAUCGCUGUUGGCUGACCAGGAGUUUGAAUUGGUUGCCCCAAAGUGAGCACAUAAACUGUUUACUGUCUUUUCGUUAGACUUUAAAAUUGUUUUAAAUAACAGAAAUGUAUCAUUAAACACAUUCUGAAAAUUCAACUCAGUAUACCACUUUUUCUUUUCAAAUGAUAAAAUACUGGUUUCUUUUGUAGCAUGAAACAAAACCUCACAGAUCAAAUAGGCUUGCUUGCAUCUGCAUGUUUUGAAUGGUAAUUACUCAGUUACAACUGUAGUGUAGUGUUGGACAAGGACCUCGGAGAUCAGGGUUCAAAUCCCCACUAAGCCAUGAAGCUCACUGGUUGAACUUUGUCCAGCCACUGUCUCUCAGCCUAAUCUACCUCACAGGGUUGUUGUGGGGAGAAGGAGAACCAUGUACCUUGAGCUCCUUGGUGGAACGGUAGGAUAUAAAUAUGAUGAUGAUAUGUGUUUGUGUAUGUGCCUAAAUGCACACAGGCUGACUUGACUGAACAGCCUUAACCAUUGCCUUAACCAUUUUGUAACCCUUUGAAAAGUUGUUGCUGUUGUUUUAGAUAGUUUUUAAUCCGGAUGGUCCCUUGCUGGAACACUUAAAAAUGGAGAGCUCAGAUAGUUAUUUACAAAUCAAAAUAUGUGCUAUAAACGUCCCUUAGGCAUUCUCAUUGUUUCAAUGACCUUUUUGCUUUAUAAAAAUAUUUGAUUUGGUUGUUUGAAUGAAUGCUGCUUACUCUGUCUCCAUUGCAUGUCUCCCCAAUUUACGCCCCCCCCCACAAAGAUAAACAUCAGAUUGCUAUUCAUUCUGCUGCAAUGAUAGUUCUCCUACUCAUUACAUCGGGACAGGAUAUUGUGCUUUUGGCAGUGCAUCAGAACUAUGGUGAGGGCAACAAUGGAGCAGUCACAAACUUUGACCGCUAGAGGCCCUUAGCAGUUCAUUAAAUUCAAAUGCAGCAUCCCCUUUCUAGUUUGGGAAAAGUCCUGAGUACUGCUUUAAGUAAAAGUUCAACAUUAAGAACCAAACAGCAUUUAUUUUGUAGUUUGGAGGGACCAGCACAGCUAAUAUGAAAGAUUACUGGUUAAAUUCUUAUCCAGCCAGCUACAAAUGGGCUGUCGUAUAUAACUAGAGCCAAUCUGGCAGUUUCUUUAGCUGGCUGCCUGCAGUCUAAGAACUGCUUACAUAAGUGGUUUUCUUAGGAAGAAGGAGAAAUACAAUUUGCUCUGUUUUCACAUUACACAAGAAGUUUGCAUAGCAAAUUUGUGAGACAGUUCUGCAUCUGCUGUUCCUAUGUAACAUGAGAGGCAAUCCUAGGAUUGGGCUGAAAGCAUGCAACAGCUUUAGAAGUCCUUCUUGCCCUUACUCUCCUUCAAAUGGUGGUCUCAUUGCCCAUUCUGCUGCAUUGCCAUACAAUGACAGGACCUAUGGCAGGGUUAAGCCAUCUAAGCCAGUCUUGGAACAGAGAGUAAGUGCAAAUAUGAUGUUGCUAUAAUGGAGGCAUCAUCUAGCUUUGGUUACAACACUUGUCUAGACUUCUGACCGCAACUGAGACAGGACCAAGCUAGAUUUAACGUAGAAGUUACAUAAUGGUGGCUCUCCUGUGGAUUUUUAAAAAAGUUAAUAGCACUUGUGUAUGUGUUUGUGGCAAAUAGGUUUGACAGAGGGAGAGCAGUUAAUCCUUUCCACCCAGGCUAUUUUCCUAAUUUCAAUCAAUAUCUAAAACUGCUAUUUGACCUAGAAGGGCAAACAUACUGAGAGACCUAUAUGUCUCCCCCAUGGGGCGAACAGUUUGGGUGCAGAAUGCAAUUUGAACUUUUAUUCAAAUUUUAUUUUAUUUCUGCAUUGCAAGGGGUUGGACUAGAUGACCCUUGGAGUCUCUUUCAACUACAAUUCUAUGAUUUUAUGAACUAGAAAGCAGCCUGGGGGAAAGAGUUGUUUCUGCUUUCCUUCAGCACUGAAGUCCUGUUCUGGAUCCCUUCUCUGUCACCUGGUGGUCACUGUUAUGUUUGUUUGUUUGUUUGUUUGUUUUAGGAAGAUCUUUGUUUUUAUCCAAACCUAUUGUAUAGGAUCUGCUGUAUAACAAAAACUCUGGGUCUUAUGGCCUGCUUUAAUAGAAUUUUCAACUUUAAAGGGCAAAAUAUUCCCUUUGAGAUGAAAGCAAAUCGAAGAUCUCUCAGUUCCAGAACUGUACAGAAAGCAAUUAUACAUUUGGGGAGAAAGCUUUUGGAAAAUCUAGUUUCCAAUUUUAGACCUGAAUGAAUGUGAAUAGCUUUGACACUUCUUAAGUCUCACUCUUUUCCUCUCAAUUUCCAUUCCUAUUUUCUAUCUACUUUUGGAGAGCUUGAAUAGAGUGGUGGUUGAAAAGAGAUAUGAUGGGAAAUCAUUAUCUCAUUGAAAUUACAAUAGAUAGUAAACUCUAUAGGUUCAAGAGGACAAGUCUUUGUGAGUUCAGCUGGACUUAUUUUCAGGUAAAUGGGCAUGGAUUGUGACCUCAGGCCAGCUGGAGGGAUAGCAGGUGAUAAUUGUUAUGUGGUAGAAAAUGGGAAAUGUUAAAUACAUUUGAGCACCAUAUUUGAAGCGUUUAGAGAUUUCUCAUUGAACAAUUAAGGUUUUUAUUUGUUAAUUACAGUUAAUGAUUGAGUCUUCUGUAGAUUAACAGAACUGGAAGGUCCUAUUUAAUCAGCUGUAUUUGUGUUGUGCCCAAUAUGCUGUCUCAUUUCGGAGCUGAUUGCUUCAUUGACAUAGAUUUCUUACUUGGCAGUUUUGUAUUACUGCCAUCGGUUACGUAAAUAAAAAGUCAAUAACCCAACUUUACCUCUAAUUAACUAUCUGUAAUUGUGGGCAUUCUUUGUUUAUAGCAGUUUAGUCCAUUUUUUCUUAUGUCUAUAUGAGUAGGUUUAAUUCUAUACUGUUGGGAUUCGUUGCCUCAAAUCCAUAACUUCUGUUAUGUAAUUCUGAACUGAAACUUAUCAGUAUGCAUGUUGGUAAAUACCCAGUCAAAUUAGCUUAGUUUUUAACUUCACAAUUAGAGAUGCAGGCAUGUCUUUGUCUUAACAUAUUUUAUUUUAAAUACGUAAUUUACGUUUUAAAAAGUCGAUCCAUUAUUUAAGUUAAAAAAAGUUUCUUCUUUAUUGAUCAUAUUUAAUUGUAUUUUCCUCUUCCAGAAUGCAAGCAGAGUUGUUCGUCUUCUUUUAGAACACAAUGCAAAUCCAAAUGUCUUGUGGAGUGGCCACUGCCCUCUUUCUCUGGCUAUAGCUAGUGGAAAUGAUCGGGUAUGCUAUCUUCCCUCCCCUCCCCUCCCUCCAUAUUUAUUCUUUGAGAAAAUCUGCGGACAUUGUUGCCACAUCAGAUGGAUGAUUCCAGUUCUUAUUUAAACAGUAAUCAGUUGCAAGUGGACAGUUUUAAUCAAUCUUAUUUGAAGCUUGUAAAAGGGAAAAUGUGCAUAUUAUAUAACUGAGUUAUAUAUAGUUCUAACCUUUGUCAGAAUCUUGCAGGGCUCUAGGAGGUUACAAAUCCCUAUAGCACAAACGAUAAAUCACUUUUAUAACCUGCCCAGUUUCAUAGUUUUGCUAGUAUAUUGAUGCAGACUUCAAUAUUACCAUUAAAAACAUUAUCGGAUUUGGGUUGGAGGAAUGAGGACAAUGGUAAAGGGCUGUGACUUAAGGCCAAAGUACAUUUCAUUUUAUUCACACGGUUUGGCCUUGUGUGGCUGAUUUAUUUAUUUAUUUAUUUAUUUAACACAUGGCUGGUACAAGCGCCCCUCCCCACAGGCCGCGCAUCAGGAUGUGCUAUGCAGGGUGGCGAGACUUUUGUUCCCACUGGGGUCCCACUCAGAAUCCAGCCCCCACCCCCCAAACAACAUGCCUGCUAUUUACAAUGGGAAGAAAUUCUUCAAUUAGCAGAGCACCCUACUCUGACCACACUGCGGGCAGCUGCUUCAUAGAAUCAUAUACAGUUGUACCUUGGAUCCUGAACGCCUCGGUACUCGGACGUUUUGCCUCCCAAACGCCGCAAACCUGGAAGUGAGUGUUCCGGUUUGCAAACGUUCUUUGGAACUCGAAUGUCUGACGGGGCUUCCGCAGCUUCUGAUUGGCUGCAGGAGCUUCCUGCAGCCAAUCGGAAACCGUGCUUUGGUUUCCAAAUGUUUUGGAAGUCGAAUGGACUUCCGGAAUGGAUUCCGUUUGACUUCCAAGGGUAUGACUGUAAUUGGAAGAGGCUUAAGAAGGCAUCCAGUCCAACCUCAUGCUCAGUACAGCAAUCCUGUAUCUACAGCAUCUUAGCAGAUCACCAUUCAGUCUCUACUUAGAACCCCUAGAAACACCUAGUGAUGAACGCACAACCUUCUGAGGCUCCCAGUCUCUCCUACCAAGAGGUUUCUCCUAAUAUUGACCUGAAUUCUGCUUCCCUGAAAUUUCCACCCUACAGUAUAGUCCUGCCCACUGGAGCAAAAGAGAUCAAGUCUCCAUCUCUUGCAUGAGAGCUCUUCAAAUUUUUGUAGACCACUCUGAUGUCUCCCUUUAACCUUUGCUUCUAUUUAGGCUAAGCGUUCCCUUUUAUUUCAACCUCUCACCAGAUUCCUCACCAUCUGCUGGACAUGCUCAGACCUCGACUGCUACUUUUGUUGCAGAAGGUGGUGUGGUGAUGGCAGUGGAGGUCUUGUUCACAAGGGGAGGGAGGAAUCUGGGCAGCCGGUCCUGCUUCAUCCAUCGAAUUAGCCUUGCCCUGUUUCCUAGCCAUGCUUGCACCAGCAGCGAGAUUAAGACAGAAUGACCAUAAAUUCUGUUAAAUGCUGUUCUGAUUUAGCAGAUCCAUGAGUUCAAUUUAAGUGGUAACGUGUAUAUUGAGAUGGUUUCCAAGAUUUUUCUUUGUGCUGCAUUUACUUAGGCAGUGGCUGAGCUUCUGGCUGGUGGAGCUGAACCAAAUCUCCCACUAGGCCAAGCAGUUGGAAGUGCCCUGUGUGCUGUCGCUAACACAACAUAUGAAUUUAAGAGGACGCUAGCAAGUAAGAUUGCAUUGGUAAGAAAAGCGUUGAUUCCUUCAGGUGGGGAAACAGCGAGAAAAAUGGGGUAGCAGAAAUGUAGGUGCAAGUAGAUCUGUGGAAGUGCUGAGGGGUACAGAGAGAGGAGAGGAGUUGUAGAGAGACGUAUGAGGAGGGGGAAACAGAAAAAGAGGGGCUAAAAAGUGGGGUGCAGACGUUUGAUGGUGAAGAAGUGAGAUGACGGGUUAUGGGGUGUGCUGCUAUACAUAGUGUGCUGUCAAGUGAAGAGAGGGAGGAGGGAGGGUUCGAAGACAGAGGUUCAGAGAUCUGUAGUGUUACAGAAAGAAUUGUGCAUACAAUGUGGCUCAAAAGGAAAGAAGAUUCCUGAUGAUGGGUGAAAAUGAAAAGGUUUAGGUUGAAAUUAUUUUAAAAAAUGCUUUCAUGUGGUUAAUGUAGUGAAGCAUGCUUUUAAGUUAGUGAUAAACAAAACAAAAAUAAAAGUGGCCCUCUGGAUGAUUUGCGUUAUGAACUACUGCCCUGCCACCCAAAUAACUGGGCGACUAUAGCUUCUAGUCACUGUAUAUCCGCUGUUUGUAAAGAAAGUGUUGUGACCAUAACCCUUAACUCUGUUUUGGGCUGUAUGUGGUACUUAAGGGAGUGGUCACAUGAGCUUCUUGAUGGCCUGCAUUUAUUUAUUUAUUUAAUUUCCCAUGUUUCCCCAGAUUAAUUCUCUAAUAGCAGGAGGUGCAGACAUGUUGAUGCCAAUUACUAUUGGGGAUGAGACAAGAACUGCAGUGGGAACAGUGGUGGACUAUGCACAUUUCAGAAUCUAUCAGGUAUCUUUUCAGUGCCUCGAACUACAGAAACAUGUUAAAAAUAUGUGAACUUUGCUGCUAUAAUUGACAAAAGAAAUCAAUGCCAAGUGCCACAGAUUGCUCUAGCAUCUGUUCUCAUUUUCCUUAGAACUCAAAUUUAUCUUUCCAUUGACCUUUUACUUCCACAAAGAUUUACAGAGAUUUUGAUCAGACAUUGCCUUUGGAAAGAAAAUGAAUUCACACUUGAUUGCAAGGUUCCCUUUAAAUUAUUAUUAGUAGCAAUCACCUUACAAGAUCAGAGGUUGUGGGUGGUGAAAAGUGAUUUCCAGGACCAACCUAAUGUGACAUGAAGAACAUACUUGCAUUUACUGUACAUGUUCUUUAAAGUGCAGAUAACAGCUGAUGGCUUGGGGGAGGAUAGCAGGCAUGGAGGGCGAGUUUAACUGUUUUAGAGUUCCUAUUUGCAUUAGGAGUACCACUUAUUUAGCAGAGCAGUGCUGAUGGAAAUGGCUAUGAGGAAAAGAAGUGCAACUCAAGCUGCAUGUACAUUUCUUUCCUAUGUGUGAACAUGUCUUUUGUUCUCCGUCAACAUGUAUAUACAUUUGUCUAUCUUUAUAAUUUGCUGUUUCUGAAACUUGCUUCCAAGCUGCAUGCAUGACUUGUGCAGUGUAUUUCACUGGUUAUUACUGAGUUAUGAGAGUAAGCAUAUUCUUGUGAAAAGAAGAGCCCCCAUAAGUCCUUGCUUCUUUCAAAUGACAUAGUAAAGUAAGGGUAAGAGGAAGUGUUGGAUUAUUACUUUUUUUUUUUUUUGAGUUGGCUGUUGUGUUUCCUGAGCUAGGGAAUAGGGCAGAGUUGACCAGUGUCUGGACUUCCGGGGUGGCGCCAUCGGUAAUGGCGGAUUCCCUCUGAUCCGGAGGGACUGGCUCCACGGAAAACGGGUCUUUCCCGCUACGGCGAAGCGGGGACCCUUUGAAAAAUCACAGGCGGAUGAAGCCUGUGACCAUGGGACUCGGCGGGCACCUUUCGCGCCCCCCCCAACUCGUAAAGGAACCCAGCUACGGGCUCCGGAGUGAAGAGGGGCAGUGGCGCGGUGCUGAGAGUCAACUGCUUCUUCUGUGGAGCGAAGCCGCACAGCCGUUGCCGGAGAGCGCUGCCUCUUUCCUGGGACAAUUUGGCUACUAAAACAACUACCCGUGAGUAGUUUAAAUUCGGACAAUUGGACUUUAAACAAAGACUUGUGAGUAGAAAGGAAAAUUGGACUAAGAAUUUUUUUUUUUUAAUUUGGCACUGAAACGGGAAGGUCUAAACAGGAAGUCAGCCUUCCGUUUCUUGUAGAUAGAUUAAAGCAAAGACAUGGCAAACUAGAGUUCAGAAAAUCGUUUGUAAAGGAUUAACUUUCAUCAUUUAAAAUUGUUGAACCCCCUUCGGAAGCAGGAGAAGAGGGGGGAUUUUUUCCGGACUGUUUAAACCUGCAGAAGAGAGUGUAAAGAAAAGUAAUUUUCCACCGUCUUGAUUCUGGGAGCGGGGUGUCAGGACUGACGUUUUUGGGAAGUUCAUUGACUAUAGACAGACGUCUUGACAGACAGUUAAAAGAAGAGAAACACAGUGAUUCCAUUGAUUUUAAAGGAAAAAAUAUUGACAAAAUAUCUGAAAAAGGAAACCUUGUUGUUAGAUCUGCUUUUAAAAGAAAAAGAAAAAAAAAGAGAAAGGAGAUGGAUACAAAUAGAAGUUCUUCCCCUAGAGGGAGCCUGUGAAACUGUUACUAAACUUGAACCGGGGAGCUCUGCAGCUGCAACAGAUUAAGAUCGUGGGAAUAGACUUCUGACCUUGUAUAACAAUGUAUUCAGAAGCCCUGGUGCGUGCUUUCUGCAAAACAAGUGCCCUAUUGGAACAGUUACAUGAGAAGACGGACUUGAUGACUGUUGCGAUCAGAAAUUUUGGACAGGUAGUGAGUAACUAUAUAGAACCCACCCAGGAACCAACUCAGGAGUGUGCUCUGACAGAUCAGAUGAGGGAGGAGGAUGUUGCUGGACCUUGGGUGCCAGAGAUGGAGGGAGCUGUGGCCCAGCAGGAACAUGAGUUGUUGGAUUUGACAAAUGAACUUGGAAAAAGCCAGACUUGGAGAGAUAGAGUUUUGUUUGGUUUCGAAAUGGGGGGUUGGAUAGAUCCCCCUAUGCAGGGAUUUUUUGACUCUUCAAGUCUGGCAAUGGGCCGUGAGAUGUUUGGGGGUGUGGGGGUUCUUAACUCUGGAGAGACUUUGAAACAUGUUUUUAAAUACCACAUGGAGUUUAGUGGGGAUUAUGGAAAAGGGGCUGAUUUGUCGAGAAGGGACAAAAAUACUGUCAAGUUGGAGUUUCCACGAGUGAAAGGAGCAGGAGACAAAGUCAAGUACAGGUAUAAAUAUGAAGAAGAUCUGCGGAAGGGACAUGGAAGAGACUUAAGGGCCUCGGACAUAAGAUUACCAGGUUAAGGUUAAUGAGCUAGAUGGAUGGGAUAGAAAGGACUGACAAAACCCGGGACCAGGAGGAAGAGACGUUGGAUGAAGAUUGGAAGAAAGUUUCAAAAAUUUUAUUAGGAUUGUUUUAUAAAAUGGAUGAAUGUUAGAAAAAUGUUGGAACGAAACUAUUUGGCUUUAGCAGAAAUGUUAAAAGAAUUAUGUAAGAAUAUGUUAUGGUUAUGAGAAAUUGGUAUAAAUAGAAUUUAAGCUUUAAGUUUUAGGGUCUUUUAUAGUAAGAUAAGGUUAAAAUAGAUUAAGGUAAUUUAAUGACAGAAUACUAUGAAAAAUGGAAAGGAUUUGCUGUGAUAAUUAACAAAUAGAAUACAAAAAAGGGGAGGAGUGAGGAGGUCGAUGAAAUAAGGUAAGGACAGUUAGGGAUUUGUGAAUAUUGGAUUUGUUUUUAAAUUUUUGUGGUUUAUUUUUGCUUUUUUGAUUGUAAUGUGUUACGUGUUUUGUUGUUGUUUUUUGAUUUUUAUCAAUUUGUGUUGUUUGAUUGUGGUUUGUUUUUCCUUUCUUUUCUUUUUCUUCUUUUUCUCUUUGUUUUUCCUGUAAUUUUAAAAUUCUUAAUAAAUAUCAUUAAAAAAAAAAAAGGGUUGGCCAGUGUCUGUAUUCUUGCAAUCUGCAUCCACCAGAAAGUGGUCGAAAGGCUGGAAGCCUCUUUUCUUCAACAGACCUGCCAGCUCUGCAAGUAAUCUAGACAUCACCACUGAGCAAUAAGGACACAUGGGUUCCAGAGCCCCAUGUAAUUGGUGAUGUCUGGCUGGGGACUUUUAAGUUCUGUUAAGUGUUCUCCACUUCCCAAGUGGUAUGGAAGUUCCAGGAGCAGAAACUUCUCCAAGCUUCAGUUUCUUUGGAAGGAGGGAUCAUAGGAGACUCCAGGAUGCUCUUGUAACACUUGAGAUAAUUUACAAAUAAUAGAGACACAGAGUUGGAAGGUACCUUGGAGGUCAUCCGGAGCAGUGCUCUGUUCAAUGUAUGAUGCAACUUUAGCAUCCCUGACAAAUGGCCAUCCGGUCUCUCCUCCAGUGGAGAGCCCCCCCCCUCCCAAGGCAGCCUCUUUCACUGUCAGUCUUAAAGGUAAAGGGUCCCCUGACCAUUAGGUCCAGUCAUGGACGACUCUGGGGUUGCGGCACUCAUCUUGCUUUAUUGGCUGAGGGAGCUGGCGUACAGCUUCUAGGUCAUGUGGCCAGCAUGAAUACGCCGCUUCUGGCGAACCAGAGCAGCGCACGGAAACGCCGUUUACCUUCCUGCCGGAGCGCUACCUAUUUCUCUACUUGCACUUUGAGGUGCUUUCGAACUGCUAGGUUGGCAGGAGCAGGGACCGAGCAAUGGGAGCUCACCUCGUCGCGAGGAUUCAAACCGCCGACCUUCUGAUCGGCAGGUCCUGGGCUCUGUGGUUUAACCCACAGUGCCACCCGCGUCCCACACUGUCAGUCUUACAGGGUGUUCUAAUGCUAAUCUUACUGGCAUCAUAGUGGUUUUCCUGUACAACACUCUCGCGCAUUCCCUGCAAAUAUAACAAGGAAGUAUAUUUUUGGGAAGGUACAGAUCUGCUUCCUCGCCGGCAUCUUGUGGGUGUUUGUGUUUUGCAGGAUAAGAGAAUGCUCCAUACACCGUACCAUGCCCUAUCGCCAACGGAGCGGGAAACCUUCACCAGCCGUAAAAAGUUGUUGGAGUACCUCAGUGAACGGCUUCGAGAGUGCGUCACGUCGAGAGAAAAACAGUGGGAUAGAGAGGAAAUUCGAAGACUCAAAUACGGUGAGGCCAAGCGAAACCUUUGGAAGUAUAAUGAUAUUUUUAGGAAUCUACAGUUUGCUUGUAAGCUUUGAGUUUUCACAUUCAAUCCUCACCCCCCCUUUUUUUAAUCUUUUGACACUGAGACUUGAAUGCACUCCAGAAUUUGGCACCCCAAGGGUGAACAAGGACAUUUAAGCUAAAUCAAGAGUAAUUUUAUUGUACUAAAAAGGAAUUGGCAUAUUUGCUAAUGAUGUUAAGACAGAAUCGAUGAACGGCACAAUAAGAAUAGGUUGAAUAAUAGACUUUGAAAUUAAUAGAAUGGUUAAAACUAACUAUAUAUGUCAUUCUAAAAGCAUGCCUGAAAACAUGUAGAAAAACAAGGAUGCAGUAAAUUUGGGCAGGGAAAGUGGAGGUGGUAGGAUCAUAGAACUGUAGAGUUGGAAGGGACCCACUGGGUCAUCUAGUCUAACCCCUGAAAUGCAAGAAUCACAACCAGACUCCCAAAUCUCUGCCAAAAUGGCUUCAAAAAUGCAUCUUUAUUCUGUGCAGGUGGGUUGGAGAAAAGGGGUUAACAUAUUUUUUGCUUCUUUCUGGUAGGAGACCAUGGCUUAGUUAUAUGGGCAUGGGGAAGAAGGGAAGGGUGACAGGUGAUCAUGUCUUGGUUUAACGUUUCCAGGAGUCUGAUUCUCUUUUGUUUAACUUUAAAUUAAAUUUACAAGUGAUAAGAGAGGACAGCCAAUAUUUAUAGUGAAGAAGAUAGCAAUCAGUGCCUUUAGUAGGAAAUGUUGCAACUCAGCUUGUCUGAGUGUGCCCUGUCUGAGUUACUGUAAUGGAUGUUCUCUCCUUGCCACUCCAGGCCAAAGCAGAACUUCCCUUCUCUGGUGCAGGCUGCUAUUCUUAGACCCAAAGCUUGAUUUCAGGGGUACUUCCUAACAUUUCCUGCUAUUGUUGGUGUACUCUCAACACUAUAGGAGCUGCACAGUGGUCACGAUCCUUAUCCUUUACGCAUUUUCUGUUUGGUGGUUUUUCAUGUACUCUUUUUGGCAUCUGCUUAAAAUAUUUUUCUUUACACAAGCCUGUCCAGAUAAUGCGCAAGUUACAUGCAUUUUCUUUUUAGCUACUGUUUACUGUUGGGUAUUUUAAAAUACCUAUUUAAAUGUUUUUUAACAUAUAUAAAUUUUAACGAACAAGUGAUAUAUAAUUUUGGUAAGGAAAUAAAUAAGGAAGGAAACAAUCGAUGAAAUGAACUCAUUAAAUUCCAAGAUAUUUGAAACAUUAGUAAUUGUUUUCAAGUGUAUACACGCUCUGGCUUUAGGUAAAAAAAUAUUUAAUAUCUCCUUUUGCAUGUCUGUUGUUGUGCAGGAAGAAGGAAAUCUGGAGCGGGAGCAAUGGACGCAGAUGCACCCAAGUAAGAUCAGCAUAUAAAAAUGUAAAUUCACACUGUCCAUAUUAGCUUACAGAUGUCUAUAUGGCACGUUGCAAUGUUUCUCUCUCCCCAUUGGACCCACUUGAAUAAGCCUAACCACAUUGGCCUGUUCUGCGGCCCUGUACAUGUAGUCCUCAGUUAAUUUACUAUGAUUACCUGUAAGAGUUUUUCAGGUAACUCCCAAAGUGGUGUGAAACUACCAGUUGGGAGAAAAAACAUUUAGUAAACCGGAACCAUCGGCAUUUGGGCCAGUUGCCUAUAGACAGCAUGUGUUGAAGAAACAGACAAUUCUUCAAGACUUGCAGGUGCUUAAUUGAGAGUGUGAGUUUGCAGCAGUGAGUCUAAGAUGUUUUUGAUAAGAGUAGUACUAGAAAUCAGAAUGUAAGUAAAUUAAUUCUCAACAACGCCUUUCUUAGCCACAUAAUCACUUACCAUGUCCAUCCCAACAGGGUAACUUAUAUAAAUAUCACGGACGUUGACUUCCACAUAAUUUCUCUUUUGCAGAGUCUUUAAAUAUUGCUACCAAUGUGGACGAUCAGUUGGUGUGAACCUCUCAGUAUGCACGCGCUGUUUCGAGAUCUACACCUGCAGCAAGACUUGUAAAGUGAAGGCUUGGAAUGAGCGUCAUAAGAGAGAAUGUGUCCUAGGUAGGUUGAUUUGUCUGGUUGUGUUCAAAGCAAGGUGUAUUCACAACAGUAAAAAAGUAGUAAGUAUAGGAGCAUCAUAAGAUCUGCUAUUACCACAAAGAGCCUUACACUUAUUCCCAACCUGUGCAUGUGGAAUUUUGAUAAGUGAACUUUGGCAUUACAUUUUUGUGGGGUUUUUUUUCUAGCUUACUGAUUCGGAAACACGAUGCAUCUCUUUACAAGUUUUGUAACCGAUACAAUUUGUCAAUAACUGUAAAGGAUAAUCAGACUGUACUGUUCCCUUGAGGAUCUUCAUUAUGCACCUGCAACAUGGUGCUCUUUCACAGUGUACUUCUAGGGUGUCAUAGAACAGUAGAUGUUGACUUUGCCAGAUACGUUACUGCAGAAUAUAGGCUCUGCAGCUCAUUCUGAAUUGUGUCAUGCAUAGGAACAUAGGAAGCUAUCUGAUGUUGAAGCAGAUUGGUUGAUCCAUCGCCCUCAGGAUGGUCUCCACAGACUGGCAGUGGCUCUCCAGGGUCUGUGGCAGAGGUCAUUCCCAUCCCUACCUGGAGAUGCCAGGUAUCAAACCUGGGGUCUUCUUCAUACAAAGCAGAUGCUGUACUACUGAGCUACAGCCCUUCCCAAAAUUGAUUGAUUGGUUCUGGAAUGGAAGGAUAUCUAAUUCUCUUUGAAUAGGAGUGAGUUGAAAUGCUGCAGAAAAUAAUCUGGUUUUAUUCAAGUAAUUUCUUUUCUUCAAAAAUCAGCUCAUGUACACAUCCUUGCAAGAAACAACUCUGUAUUUGGGAAGGCAAGUGAACAAUUGCCUGGAAUUGUGAACCUAUUAUUUGAGACACAAUGGGCAAAAUACAAAGAUCAGCAAGUAUGAGUUUUAUCUCAGCUAUGAAAGAAAUACCUGUGUGUGUAUGUAUAGGUGUGCUGAUACUGGAUCAAGAUCGGAAUCCACAUUUAUAAAAAAAACCCCAGUUUUUUGUACAGGAAAAUGUAGGGACCUUCAAGAGAAUGUUACGGUGUGUGUUGGAACUGUUGAGCUCCCGUUUUGCUGUCCUACUGGAAAUAACAUGAAGUAUUGCCAACUUUGCUGUUAAGAGGGAAUUCUUUUCUUUCCUAUGUUUGAUUCAAAUGUGACUGAAUUGUACUGGAUUUUGGAAAUUAUGGUGUGCAAGAGUCUAGACUAGGACUGAAGAGAGAGACUGAUAGUAUGCAGAGUGACAUGCCAUUUUGGCUGAGGCACUGCACAAAAAGUCAUGGCUACAGCACAUAGGUGGUGAAGACAGAUGGCUUUAUCAUAGCUCAACUCCUGGAACACUUGGACUUUAAAAUCAAGUAGAAGACUGGUAAGUGAAUGGCCACAAAUGGUGGUGAAGACUCAUUCAUUUGAACUGGAGCAAGAAGAAGAUUUCUGCUGCUGCAAAGUGGACCAUAUAUAUCUUGUGCAGUGAAGAAUGCUAGAAGCAAAGAAUUCUAUAGAAGAAUAUGAUGUGAGUCUAACCAUUGUCCCCCCACCCCUCGCCCAUAAAGGAUACCAUUCAGGUCUUUUGGAGUUCCUUUUUUUGUUUACAUUUUGCUGAUGUGAUGAAAAAUCAAAUCAAAUCCUUAUUUAGGAUUGAAGAGAGGCAAUGCAAUGAAGAGAUCUGGCCUUUAAGAACUUGUCACAGAAACUUCACAUUUGAAAGGAGCAAGCAUGGUUGAGAUUUUCCCAAACUACUAGAGACUGAACUCGGGAUAUGUUAAUUUUAAACACCAGAAAUUUCAUGUCUAUAGUUAGUAGCAAAGAAAGUCUGAGAAGAUACUGACUUCCUCUUGCUCUCUACAGAAAAAAUAUAUGCCAUAGACAAUAUCAAUAAAGGCCUCCACAUGCUGGACAACACUGUGCAUUCUAAUACUGCUUUGCUUUUGCUAAACUUGCCAGAUGGUUGCGGAUCUUUUGCCCACAAAGAAUUGGACCAAACUUCCAUCAGACAGUUUGAAAAUCAGGGAUGUGAUUCAUAUCAGAUUUAGUUACAUUUGAAACCAUGAGCCUCAGACAAACGCAGUAUCAGGCCACUUAACAAAGGAAGCUGGAAAAUAAAUACUAUUUAUAAAGUGUUCCAUGGGAACCUUCACUACAAACACCACCUAGUGUCACUUCUCAGUAUAGGGAUACAGAAUGGGGCUUCCAUGGCUGAGCAAUUUUUGAACAGUUUUUCAGUGAACAGCAUUUCCUCCAUUGAACCAACUGGAUGAUACAGUGAGAUCUGUCACACAGAACAGAUCACUGAUUGGAUAGGACGUAAAGUUCCACUUCAGUUCUUCUAGCCAAUAGGAUGUGGUUUAAGUGAAGAUGAAUAGAUCAUUGGUAGUGAUUUUUUAAAUUGUAGCUGCUGAUUUUCAUUUGUAGAAUUUCCAGUGAUCAUUGAUGUUGAUUGCAGAAAACCUGAGGGUACAUUCACAUGAAAACCAUUGAACAGUAUUAAUUAUUAGCAGCAAGGGAUAGCUAUGCUGCUUCCACAUUAUCUACAUGGGUACAUUCCUAUGUUAAAUCAGUCAAGAGGUGACACCCCAGAGUUCUCAAUUGGCUUUGGUUUCUAGAGAGGGAUGAGUCAGAAACAAACAUUUCCACCAACAAUUCUGGGGUGGAAUUCUGUAUUUUUCUUUUGAAGAAUAUUCUUGCUCCUGCUUCACUUUAACUUCCUUGCAGAGAACACAGCUGGAGUUUAGCUACGUUAAGGUGCAUUGAACUGAACUGACUGUUCAUGUGAAUGUAGUCUUAAGAAAACCAUUUAUGUAAAGAGAAAACUCUGUCAUUUCUGUUUGGCAUGCAAUGUAUCUUGAAGUUAUUGCUAAAGUGGAAGCAUGUACACUUUAAGAAUCUAUGUAAAUGGAACACAAUCCUUUGUUAAUUCUAUCAUUGCAAUAAAUUAAAUCUCACCGUUUAUUUUUAACACUGUAUAGAAGUUACUUGUAGCUAGCACUUCCACGGAAGGCACAAUUCUUUUGAGGCGUUCAUAAUGUUGUCUUAAUGUUGAACAUUCUGAAAUGUCUUUGCACCUUGUUUUAUUGCUGCAAAAGAUGCUAACUCUACAGCUGAUUUUUGUGAGGAAGAAGAGAGUGCUUUGGAGGGUAAGUAAGCAGUCACUAUUAAUCUGUUAUUUUGUUAUUCUGGUUCUGCUUUUCUUUUCCAUGGUCAGUAAUUGUAACAAUCAGCUGCUGAUUUUCUUUUUUGCUAAGAUUCUGGGGCUGAUUACAGUAUUAUUGUUGUUUAUUGGUUUAAUUGCUGCAGCCUAGUUCCUGUUUUUCACUAUUUUUUUAAAUGGUUGGUACUUUUAUUAAUUUUUUUAUAGUGUAAGCUGCCAUGAACAUUGCUUGAAUAGGUUGGGGCAUACAUGUAUAUUAUAAAUAUGAUUUAUAAUAUAAAAUAUAUUAUUUCCUUCUUUAGUUGCUUUUUAUUGUAUAUUUUAAUAUUUUAAUUUAAAUUAAGGAUGUUUAUUGCCCCAAUGGAAUUGUUUUUGUGUAUUUUAACUGUGUAUUGAUUUUAUAGUUGUAAACUGCUUAGAAGCCAUUUUGGCAUAUAAGCAGUAUCUAAAUAUAUAAAUAAAAUGCUAUUAUAGCUAAAGUACAUUAGAAUCCUACAAUCCUUCCAGUGUAUUUUCUGUCUGUUGCUGCUGUUAUUCAUGAGCUUGCAUGGUCUUCUUUACAUUGAAUUGGUGGGAAUGUGAGUGCGGUCGGGUGAGGGAACUCAGCUUUCUAAAUCCAUACAACUCAUUAGGUUAGAAUGAACAAUGCAAAUGUCUUUUUAAAAACUAGGUGGGAGGGAAGCUAGAUUUUGCUAGAUAGCAUAAGACAGACAAAUGCUGUUACGCUUGAGGGGGGGAAAUGAGCUAGGGUGUAUGCUUUGUUACGAUAUACAUUUCUAGUAGGGUGAUGCCAAAUGUUUGCUCGUUUCUGUGGGGGGAAGUAUGUGUACAACCAGUGCUUUUGGAGGCAAUAGGAAAAUUGCAUGAGAAAAAACCCUGCCAGUGAGACCCUUCUCCAUUUUUCAUGUCUGUUUUGUAGUUGUGGAACUUCUAAUCAACUGCUGCUUCAGGUUCAUUGUUUUAUUUGCCCAGGACUUCAUUCUCGUCCACUAGAGGAUUUCAGCCAAUCAAGAAUCACAUAAUGAACUUGUAAACACAAUGCGCUGUUACUAGUCAGAUUUUGCUAUGUGUACUUAUUUCUGAGGGCAAACAAAACUGAGAGUGAACCUACUGCUUCCAGGAAUUGUCUCCUGGGUGAUCCCAGCCAAUGGGGAAGAUGAGGACAAUCAAACCUAUUCAGGGUUUCCUGAACACUUUUGUUCCUUUACCAGCAUUCUCUGAAAGAUUACCCAAAGGAGGGACACCGUUCAGUAGUGAUACAAAUGUUUGCAAAAGCUAUUUCUUGCUGUUCAGCUCGUGUAUCUGUUGCUCCUGCUUUGUUGGUAUUGAAAACAGAGAAAACACAGUCAAACAAUGAUCAGUCAAUAUGUCGGUGUAGUUGUUAGCAACUGUCAGUUGUUAGGCAAGAACUCAUUUUCUGUGCAGUGUUAGCACCUCCCUUCCCCACUGCAACACGCCUUUCCUUCCCAUUUUCUGAAAUUGUUUCUAGAAAUGAAUCCAAGACAGGAGAAGAUGUAUGUGUGAUGCUGUUUUGCCCUGUGCCCUCUUGUAUCCCCCCCCCCCCAAUACUGUUAUUCUAAGCUGCUCAAUUUCUGCAGAAAGGGAAGAAGGUUAGAAAAAGAUGCAGAUGACUAAAUAGAUGAACACCUUUAUGGAUCCUGUCUGCCCUCUUUCUCUGAAACAUGUUGCCACCAUGGGCAGGAGAGAUAGUGACUGAAAGUGGAGAGGAACUCAAUACACAAUUGUAGCAGGAAUUUCACAGAGUAACCUAUCUAAAAGCCCACUAGUGGGCAGUGACUAAAAACACAUUGAAUAAUUACGUAUUUUAGUUCCACCUUUGACAAUUCACUGCAUUCUUGCAUGGGUUUGUUAUAAAAUUAAUGUAACAUAUAUAUAUCUGUACUUUUCUGCCAGUGCGUAUAACCAAGUCUGGUCGGAUUCAGAAGGGCAAAGUGGCUCCAACCAGAAAGAAGAAGGAAGGCAAAGAGGGAGAAAGUGAAAGAGCCAGACGUAGAAGAGAGGAGGAGGAGAAAAAGAAGAAGAAGCAAUUGAAAGAUGUGACAAAAGAACUGAAAGAGGCAGUGUCAAAACACCCUGAGAAGAGCAGCAGCCAUGCAGAUCUCCCUUAUACUGGGAACUAUAGUUACAUUUAA